AUGUGUUUUCAAAAAAGGGAGCAAGAAGCAAGACACUGGGGCUUUUGUGGUGAUGGAAUGACACAUCAGGAUGACAAGGAUGAAGAACACCCAACAGUUGCUGAUGUGUUCCUGAUACUAGUCAAGCACGAGAAAUGUGUGGAAAUGCGUUGUGAGCUGAACCAUGGAGUAAAAGCAAGAGGAAUUGGUAUAUCAGAAGAAAAAGAAGAUUUGGAAUUGAUUAAGAGACAGCUUAAGAUUCUCAAUAAGCCUGCUGUCAAGUCCUUUGUGACAGAGGAGGGUGAUAUUCAUGAUUGUGUUGAUAUCCAUAAGCAACCUGCUUUGGAUCAUCCUUUGCUCAAAAAUCAUAAGAUCCAGAUGAGACCAAGCUCCUUUCCAAGAAGAGUGACAAAUGAAACUUCAUCAUCAACAAUCAAAUCAGCACACAUUAAAUUGAAGCGAAACAAAUGCCCACCAGGAACAGUUCCUAUUCGCAGGACUUCAAAAGAAGAUCUAAUAAGGGCUAAAUCUCUGUCAAGAGAAUUUGAAACCAGUAUAAGUCAACAAUCUACUUCCCCAGCUAGACCACAAAAUCUUGAGUUGAUUUUUGUUCAGCGCGUAAGCCUCAAAGUAGAUGACAAAGCCCCAGUACAUGGAGCUUCUGCAAUAAUUAAUGUAUACAAUCCACCUGUACGAGGUAGCCAGUUCAGUACUGCCCAAAUUUGGGUACAAAAUGGUCCAUAUGACAAACUGAAUAUGAUACAAGCUGGAUGGAUGGUAUAUCCAGACUUGUAUCAUGACAAUCAAACUCGAUUAUUUACAUACUGGACUGGUGAUGGUUCUCAGAAGACAGGGUGUUAUAAUACUAUUUGCAAUGGUUUUGUACAAACUGACAGAAUGUUAACUCCUUCUUCUGCAAUAAAACCUGUUUCUGUCUAUGGUGGACCGAUAUAUGAAAUAUAUAUCGGUAUCUAUCAGGAUCAGGUGAGUGGAAACUGGUGGUUGGUAGUAACAAGUGACAAUAUACAUGUGGGUUAUUGGCCAAAGAACUUGUUCCCAGAUUUGAGUUUAGGUGCUGAUUCUGUUGUAUGGGGAGCAUUGACACAGGCCUCAGCAGAUGGGAUAAGCCCUCCAAUGGGAAGUGGUCACUUCCCAUUUGAUGAUCAUCUCCAUUCGUGUUACGCUCGAAAUGUGAAAUAUGUCAAUAAAGCUUACCAAGAUAUGGAUCUUGUUGAGUCUCAUCUCAAAGAGCAUGAAGACAACAAGAAUUGCUAUGACCUUAAGAAUGAUGGCUUCCAGCAAGGGUACUGGCGAAAUAGUUUCAGAUUUGGUGGUCCUGGUGGAAAGUGUAACUAG